CUCUGUACAAACCUCUGCCUACCUCCCCCUUCCAAGCAUUAUUCGUCGUCUUAACCAUGACGGCUCCAGGGGACACAGCGACGGUGGGCCGGCCGGGCGAGCGCAACGCCCAACCGUUGCCGGCGGAAACACGAUCCGCGGGGACCGGCAAUGCGGGCUUGACGACAGCCACCUCCAGCUCUCCGAGUAGCCAGCGCGGGGGUGUCGGAAGUGCGCCCGAUACACAGGAGCACGACGACAGAGCAGUAUCCGUGACAGAACUCAGUAACUACUCGGUUGACCUGAGCGUCGACCACGAUGACAAUGGUGAAGACGCCUUUGCCUCGGGCUCAAUCACAGAAUCGUCAACAUCGAGCGCCUCCGUGAGCUCCAGCGUAUACGAGUUCGUUGAAGAGAACGGCCGGACAUAUCAUAAGUACAAGGAAGGGAGUAAGCAUAUCCGGAGCGAGUAUCGACUCGAUAAAAUCCUUGGAUGCGUGAUUAAUUAACUGACCGGCUCAUGACAGAGUACUUCCUCCCUAA